AUGGCGAUUGAUCUGAAGGCCGGCGGGCGGAACAAGAAGACCCACAGGACGGCCCCUAAGAGCCGGAAUCCCUACCUCCUCCUCCUCGUCAAGAUCUACCGCUUCCUGGCGCGGCGCACGGGCAGCCCGUUCAACAAGGUGGUGCUGCGCCGCCUCUGCAUGAGCCGCACCAACCGCCCGCCCGUCGCGCUCUCGCGCGUCCUCGAGUACGGCGAGAACAAGGGCGCGGAGGCGGUGGUGACGGUGGUGGGCAAGGUGACGGACGACAAGCGCCUGUACGCCGUGCGCGAGGGCGUCAAGGUCUGCGCGCUCGCCUUCUCCGCCACUGCGCGCGCGCGCAUCGAGAAGGCGGGCGGCGAGUGCCUCUCCUUCGACCAGCUCGCGCUGCAACGGCCCACCGGCAACAACUGCCUGCUGCUGCGCGGCAAGGUGACGAGCCGCGAGGCGUUCAAGCACUUCGGCCCCGCGCCCGGUGUGCCGCGCAGCAACACCAGGCCAUAUGUGCGCAGCGAGGGCCGCAAGCGGGAAAUGGCUCGUGGUCGCAGGAACAGCCGCGGCUUCAAGGUCGUCGCCACUCGCAAUCGUCUCGUUGAAUCCGCCUCCUUACACCUCGGUCAACCACCCGCAAGCCGCGCCGUUAGGCCACUGUCGAGCGCAUCACGCGCGCCGCUCGCCCGUUCUGCUUGCGUGUCGCGGGCCAUGGGUGGAGCGAACGACUCGACGGCGAGCGAGGCGGCGACAGUCCAGGGAAUCCGGCAGCGCACGCGGACUCGUCGGUUCGCCAUCCUGCUGGCUGGCCAUAGCAGUCCGUACUCGCAGCAGCGCUACGGCGACUACAGCGGCAUGUUCCUCUCGCUGCUCAGGGAUCAUGGCGGACACGCGCAGGGGGAGAAGACGGGAGAGGAAGGGGAAGCGGAGGCGCGCGGGGAGCGGGGAGAGGAGGGGGAGGAGCGGUGGGAUGUGUACUCCGUGGUGGACGGGGAAUUCUCCUCCGCGGAGGACCUGGAGCAGGUGGAGGCGGUGGUGGUGACGGGCAGCAAGCACGACGCGCAUGCGGACGACCCCUGGAUCCAACACCUCUGCGCGCUGCUGCAGCACCUGCACCGCCGCAGGACCAAGAUCCUCGGCGUCUGCUUCGGCCACCAGGUGGUGGGGCGGGCUCUGGGGGGGCGCACAGGGCGGGCAGCGGUGGGGUGGGAGCUGGGGAUCAAACCCGUGCAGUGUACUGCUGACGUGGCGUCGCUGCCAUAUGCUGCCGGCCUGCCAUCGUCGUUCAAGAUUCUGGAGAUCCAUCAGGACCAGGUGUUGGAGUUGCCACCCGAGGCUGUGCUGCUGGGCUCAUCACCGCGCACGCCCAUUGAGAUGUUUGCCAUAGGGGAGCACGUGCUGUGCAUGCAGGGACACCCCGAGUUUACUAAAGACGUAGUGGAGGACCUUGUAGUGAAUCGAACCAAAGAUGGCGUCAUUCCUAAGGAAGUGGCGGCUGAAGCCUUGAAGUCCCGCGUGACCUCGUCGAGCCAGUCACCAGAUUCCGCCAUGGCUCGCGGUGCGCGCGCGAGUCCAUUGCUAUGGGCGGCCGUCGCGGCACUCGUGGUACUGGGAUCAGCAGCGGCGACGGCGGCGGCGGAGGAGGGGGAUCACACGUUCAGCGCGAGCGUGGUGAAACUGACCGACAGCAACUUCAAGCGCAAGACCAAAGGCCACACCUUCGUCAUGUUCUACGCUGAAUGGUGCGGGCACUGCAAGCGGCUGAUCCCCACGUGGUCGCAGCUGGCGGACGAGUUCAAGGAGGCGGGCCGCGCUGACGUCAGCAUGGCGUCGCUGCUGGCGACGGAGCACCGCGCGCACCCCGCGGCGAAGCUCGUGCGCGGCUUCCCCACGCUCAUCUGGUUCCACGGCGGGCGCCCCGUCGCGCAGUACGAGGGGGACCGGUCGCGGGAGUCGCUGCUGGCGUUCAUAGAGGAGCAGGCGCAGCUGGGGGACGCGGAGCUGGCGGAGGGCGCGCGGCGCCUGGAGGAGGAGGCGCGGCGCGCGGAGGAGGAGGCGCAGCGCGCGGAGGAGGGGAAGGGCGCGGACCCCACGUUCAGUGAGAGCGUCGUGGAGCUCACAGAUGGAAACUUCCAGGAAAAGACCCGCGGGCACACCUUCGUCAUGUUCCAUGCGGAAUGGUGCGGGCACUGCAAGCGCCUCAUCCCCACGUGGUCGCAGCUGGCGGACGAGCUCCAGCAGGCGGGGCGGGCGGGCGUGAGCGUGGCGGCGCUGCUGGCCACGCAGCACCACAAGCACCCCGCCACCGGCUUCAUCCAGGGCUUCCCCACGCUGCUCUGGUUCCACGGGGGGCAGAUGGUCGCUGAAUACUCGGGCGACCGCAGCAUCGCAUCGCUGCGUGCCUUCGUGGAGGAGCAGGGCGUGCUGCAGGGGGCAGCGCUGGCGCGCGCCAAGAAGGACAUGAAGGCCGCCGUGGAGAGCAAGAUCCGCGAGCGCCAGGAGGAGCAGCAGCGCGGCGCCCAGGAGCAGCGCCGCAUCGAGACGGAGUUUGCUGCCCGCGUGCCGGAAGUCAGCCUGAGUGACCCGAGCCGCGUGGAGGGCCGGCACGUGGUGGUGCUGCACUAUGCCGACUGGUGCCACGCGUGUGGCAACAUGAAGACUGUGCUGCUCGAUCUCCAGGCAGAUCCCCCUGUUGAGGGGCUGCUGGUGGGGCGGUUCAAGGACUCCCAGGCCGGGCUGCUGGCUGCUGGGAAUACUCUGCGUAACGGCCAGCCCACGACGUUUUUUGUGAGCGAUGGAAGGAUUGUGGAUGCGUUGAAAGGGGUGAAGAAGGGUGAGGAGGUAAGGGAGUGGGUGAAGGAGCUGGGGGAGUUGAGUGAGGAGGAGGUGGAGGAGAGGGGGAGGGAGUGGAGGGAGGGGGUGGAGGAGGAGGUGGAGAGGUUGCAGCCCAAGGCCAUGGCGGAGCGGUCGACGGUGCGCGAGCGCGUGAUGGCGGCGGUGGCGGCGCUGCUGGCGGUGGCGCUCGUGGCGUUCAGCGUCGCGCUCUCGCUGCGCUCGCCGCCCUCCAUCGUCGACGCGCCGCUGCUGCUCGACACGCUAUCUGGCAUCCAGGACAUCACGUGGCGGGGCUACGCGGACUACGAGAUGCGCAUCUCGCCGCUCUCCCGCCACGUCUCACGCCCCUCCCUGCCCUUCCAGCCCAUAGCGCGCGGCCCCCACGGGUUCAUCCAGUUCAGCGCCUACCGCCUGUCGGCGCGCUCCUUUGCCAUCGUGGGCUUCGGGGCGCACUUCCUCAGAGACCACCUGGGCGCGUUGCAGUGUGUGUGGGCGGAGGGUGGCAAUGCGAGCAGCACGGGCAGCAAGGGCGAGGUGAAGGCACUAUACGGCGGGCUGAACGGCUGGGAAACCUACGAUGCCGUGCUCAUGAAGUGCGACUUUGAGGCGGCCACGGGCACCAUGGGGGGGGAUCUCUUUCUCACCGUCGCCAGCGAGGAGUUCAGAGCCUUCCGCGAGGAGGAGGGCGAGGAGCAUGUGAUCGACCCCCCCAGGGAGGACGCGCUCCCGCACACCCUAGCCGUGUGCGCAGUGCGCCUGGCCAACCCCGUGCAGCCACGGCCCAUGUACGAGUGGCUGUCGUACCACUGGCGCCUCGGCGUGUCCCUCUUCCGCCUCUACGAUGCCGGCUCCAUGGAUGCUCACUUAGCCGCCGUGCUCGACCCAUGGCUCUCCAACCAGACGGCCCAGGUCAUCCCCACGCGGCACCUGGCGCCCUUCAAGAUGGAACGAGACGCCCAUGCAGUCAGCGCACUGGACUGCCUGCACAGCACGGCGUUCCUCGCGCGCUGGGUCACCGUGCUCUCGCCCGACUCGUACCUGUUCGUGCCGCCGCCCGCCUCCGUUCUGGAGUAUCUGAAGCAGCAGGAGGAGCGGUCGUGGGUGACGGUGGGCACGCAGGAGUGGUCGCCCGUCAAGUGCCGCGACGGGCUGCGCAUGCAGCCGCCCAGCACGUGGGAGGGGCGGCGCGAGGCGGCGCCAUUUGCGGUGGAGUGGCUGGCGUUCAGAAGGAAGGAUGCGCAGUGCUCGGACGAGGGGGCGGACAAGGAGACGUGCAUUGGGGAGGCGGGGCAGCGCACGCACUUCACCAACCCCAGGAAGGCGGGCAUUCUGGGCUACUUUGACGUGCGCGAGACGGACGACAACGGGCACCACGCGGGGUUCAGUGAGGUGCACAAGAACUGGUACCCCAACCUGCAUGAGCUCGCGGUCUUCAACUCCACGUGCUCUGAGAUCGUUGGAGACGACGAGUUUGCCGAAGGGUGGGUGCGGGAUGUGUCGUUUGCAGACUAUGUGAAAACUCUUAGGAAGAGUUCCCCGCCUCAAGGGUCGACGGAGGUUCCGCCCCCACCAGCAGAGAAUUGA